UUCAUUUCCCGGUAGAGCAGACGGACGGAAUGAACGCCUCUCUGCAAAUGGCCGCGCGGCUUUGACGCGUUCCACUGCGGAGCGGCGCAUGCGCAUUAACCGCGUCCGAGAGCCCGAUACAAGAUGGCGGAGUCGGUGGGGAGGGAGAGGCGGAGGCGGGUCCGAACCGGAUAGCGCAAAGCCUAUUGAAGACUCCCAUCAAACCUCUCCAAGACAGGACAAAUGAGGAGCUAUGACGAGUGAAAACCACGGAACAGAAAAGGCAGACUCGGCGAUGGUCAUGUCGCCCACCGGGUCCACGUCACAGGCGGCUCCUUUAUCACCCUCAACCAGCAAACCCAUCCAAGAGCUGCCAGAUGAGCUGGUUCAGGCUGGAUGGUCUAAAUGUUGGAGUAAGAGGGAGAAUCGGCCAUACUACUUCAAUCGAUUCACUAAUCAGUCGCUGUGGGAGAUGCCUGUCCUGGGCCAGCAUGAUGUCAUUUCCGAUCCUCUGGGCUUGAACGCGGCUCCAGCCUCUGGCGAGGCAGUGAGUGACACCGGUCUGGGCAACGGUCAGCGUAAAAGACAUCCAUCGGAGGACGCUCAAGCAGGCCCUAACAGUUUCAAGAGGCCAAAGGUUGAGAUUCCAGUCACUCCAACCACUCCCACUGUCCCGAUUUCUCCCAGCACGCCAGGAGUCAAACCCUGGGUCAACACCACAGAUGAUAAACAAGGCCAGACCAGCGUACCUGCACCGGCUCCGUACCGGCCCUCUGUAGUCUACUGGGACCUGGACGUUCAGACCAACGCUGUGAUCCGCGAGCGAGCCCCCGCGAACCACCUGCCUUCACACCCUGAGAUCGAGUUGCAGAGAGCUCAACUCACCACCAAGCUGCGGCAGCACUACCACGAGCUGUGCUCUCAGCGUGAAGGCAUAGAGCCCCCGCGGGAAUCCUUCAACCGCUGGCUUUUGGAGAGAAAGGUGGUGGAUAAAGGUCUGGAUCCGCUCUUGCCCAGCGAAUGCGACCCGGUGAUUUCCCCAUCCAUGUUCAGAGAAAUCAUGAACGACAUCCCCAUCAGGCUCUCUCGUAUCAAAUACAAGGAAGAGGCCAGGAAACUCCUGUUUAAAUAUGCAGAGGCGGCCAAGAAAAUGAUUGACUCCAGAAAUGCAACUCCUGACAGUCGGAAGGUGGUGAAGUGGAACGUCGAGGACACGAUGAACUGGCUGAGACGAGACCAUUCUGCCAGCAAGGAGGACUACAUGGAUCGACUCGAGCACUUGCGGAAGCAGUGCGGGCCUCACGUGGCGUCCGUGGCGAAGGACUCCGUCGAGGGCAUCUGUUCAAAGAUCUACCAUAUUUCUGCAGAAUAUGUGCGCAGGAUCCGGCAGGCUCACCUCACUCUGCUUAAAGAGUGCAACAUCUCAGUGGAUGGCACAGAGCCGACAGAGGUCCAGGACCGGUUGGUGUAUUGUUAUCCAGUCAGACUGUCCAUCCCGUCUCCUCCUCAGCCGCGUGUUGAGCUGCACUUCGAGAAUGACGUUGCUUGUCUGCGGUAUAAAGGGGAAAUGGUGAAGGUCAACCGCGGUCAUUUCAGCAAACUGGAACUCUUAUAUCGGUACAGCUGUAUUGAUGACUUUAAAUGCAUAGAGCCCCCGCGGGAAUCCUUCAACCGCUGGCUUUUGGAGAGAAAGGUGGUGGAUAAAGGUCUGGAUCUGUUUUUACCCAGCGAAUGCGACCCGGUCAUUUCUCCAUCCAUGUUCAGAGAAAUCAUGAACGACAUCCCCAUCAGGCUCUCUCGUAUCAAAUACAAGGAAGAGGCCAGGAAACUCCUGUUUAAAUAUGCAGAGGCGGCCAAGAAAAUGAUUGACUCCAGAAAUGCAACUCCUGACAGUCGGAAGGUGGUGAAGUGGAACGUCGAGGACACGAUGAACUGGCUGAGACGAGACCAUUCUGCCAGCAAGGAGGACUACAUGGAUCGACUCGAGCACUUGCGGAAGCAGUGCGGGCCUCACGUGGCGUCCGUGGCGAAGGACUCCGUCGAGGGCAUCUGUUCAAAGAUCUACCAUAUUUCUGCAGAAUAUGUGCGCAGGAUCCGGCAGGCUCACCUCACUCUGCUUAAAGAGUGCAACAUCUCAGUGGAUGGCACAGAGCCGACAGAGGUCCAGGACCGGUUGGUGUAUUGUUAUCCAGUCAGACUGUCCAUCCCGUCUCCUCCUCAGCCGCGUGUUGAGCUGCACUUCGAGAAUGACGUUGCUUGUCUGCGGUAUAAAGGGGAAAUGGUGAAGGUCAACCGCGGUCAUUUCAGCAAACUGGAACUCUUAUAUCGGUACAGCUGUAUUGAUGACCCGAGGUUUGAAAAGUUCCUAUGUCGUGUGUGGUGCCUUAACAAAAGAUACCAGGUGAUGUUUGGGUCCGGAGUGAACGAGGGGUCUGGUCUGCAGGGGGCGCUGCCUGUUCCCGUCUUUGAGGCUCUCAACAAACAGUUUGGAGUGACAUUCGAGUGCUUCGCUUCUCCUCUUAACUGCUAUUUCAAGCAGUUCUGCUCUGCGUUUCCAGACAUUGAUGGCUUCUUUGGAUCUCGAGGGCCAUUUUUCAGCUUCUCUCCAGCCAGCGGCUCAUUUGAGGCCAACCCUCCGUUCUGUGAGGAACUCAUGGAUGCCAUGGUGAAACACUUUGAGGAUCUUCUGGAACACUCCAGCGAGCCGCUGUCCUUCAUCAUCUUUGUGCCAGAGUGGCGUGACCCGCCGACCCCUGCCCUGACACGGAUGGAGGCCAGUCGCUUCCGCAGGCACCAGAUGAUUGUGCCUGCUUUCGAGCACGAGUACCGCAGCGGCUCGCAGCACAUCUGCAAAAGAGAAGAGAUGUACUACAAGUCUGUCCAUGGAACAGCAGUCAUUUUCCUCCAAAACAACGCUGGCUUUAGCAAAUGGGAGCCCACCACGGAGAGAAUCCAGGAGUUCCUGGCGGCGUAUAAUGUCUCUGGCCGUUCAUUGCCCUCACCUGGUCCUCCUUCCACCAGUACAGGAGACAAAGACUCCAAACCGGUCCAGGAGCGCUUGGCUAAGACUCAAGACGACAGCAGUCCUGUUGACAAGACUGCUCCGGACACAACAAACAUUUAGACCGCGGCGCUGGCGUGUGGCCACGUGUAUGUAUGUAUGUUUAUGGGAAAGAGUCUAUGAUUGUAUGAGAGGUUUAAUAUUGCGCUGUUGGGUUUAGAUGGGCACUGGGCAUGUAAAUGUUCACGCGAGAAGAAGAAAGACCCAUAUUUGUUUACUUUCUUCCACCUCUAUUAUUUAAUAUUAUUUGUUUUAGGUUUUUUGAGUUAUGUUAUCAUAAUUGUUGGGUUUUAUAUCAGUGUAUGUUAGUUUGGUCACUUUUUUUUUUUUUUAAGAGAUGAUAAAUGUAGUCAUGCCUAUCUUUUUUUAAUUUUUGUUGACCUUUUUAGGGUGAAUCUCAUUGAAAUGUCAUAUUUCACACCAAGAUCGAAAGAAAAUUAUUUUGCGUAAAGAAAAAGCAGA